GCGAGGAAUGGAGCGGUUUUUUUUUUUUGGUAAAAACGUUUUGAAGCAUAAACAAUUUCUUCAGGUCUUUCUGUUGUUUGUCAAGCAAUGUUACGUAAAAAUAAACCUUCCUAACAUCAGCGAGAGAGAGCUGAGGCAAUGAGGGACCUAUCAACGAAUCUCAGUAAGACUUUGAUUAGCACAAAUAGCUAGCACACCAACUGCCGUCUGCCGUGUUGUGUUUAAGGACCUUGUUUCCCAUCCGUUCCCAGGUGAGGAAAUGGGUUUUUAUUCUGUUUUCCGUGUCUCACUUGGCUGUUUUUGCGGGAUGACAGCUGGAACCGCGCUGCUUUGGCACCUUUAAAGCAACACUACUGACAUCGCCAUGGAUGAUUCCGAGCUGGAUUUUGUGGACCUCUGCUCCAAGUUGCUGAAGCGCGUCCGCAAGAAAGAACCAGCAGGCAGACCGAGCAGGAAGGCAGAACAGCAGAGCUGCAGCAAAGCAACCCGGGGGGACAAGAGAGCGGUUGAUGAGCAGGAUGAGCAUUCUCUGUCCGGGUUUUCAGCCACUGGGUCGGAGGUGGUCUGUGGAGGAACCGGGCGUGACUCGGGGGAUGCUGUGCAGUCUUCUGCUUUUCCUCCAGCUGACGCAGACCUGAGGGCAAAAGGCAACGUACUCCUCAGGAUGCAAGAGUUCAAGAGAGCCAGCCCACAGAAGAUGAUGCACAGCAACAGAAUCGAGCCAGCAAAGACCGACGGCCGUACUCUGACUGCACAGCAUCAAAAAGCAGAUAAGGCGGCGGCGCCCCGCUCUGAGCUCCCAGAGAGUGACGAGGCGCUGGCCCUGCGGCUGCAGCGGGAGCUGGACAGGGAGGCGGCAGAGGCCCAGAUGGUGGACCUGGAGGACGGAGGCCUUUUCUUCUGUCAGAUCUGCCACCGGGACUUGUCACACAUGACCCCCGACGGGCGCACACAACACCUCAACAGGUGUUUGGAUCAGAACGAACAGAGCGCGCUGUCUCUCCCCCCGCCUUCCGCUGUCCCCAACUGUCCCAUCUGCGGCAAGAAGUUCAAGAGCCAGAAGAGCCGCUCGGCCCACCUGAAGCGCUGCUCCGCAGACAUGGGCGUCUCCCCGGCCGUUCUGUUGCAGGCUCUGCAGAGACAGGCCGAGGAGAGCCGCAGUUCUGCCGUCGCCGCACACCUAGAGACGGGCGGCAUCAAAAGGAAAGGGCCGCCUCAGCCGGAGCUUCCAGCAAGGAAGAAGCCCAGGAAGAAGGCCGACCGGCUGGAUGAGGACACCAUGGUGGCUCUGGCUCUGUCCUCCUCCCUGCUGGAGCAGCAGAAGGAGCAGCAGGUUCAGAGCGGUUCGUCUCACAGCUCCGUGACGCCACUGCUGACGUGGAAGCCAGAUGCUGCUAAAGGACGUGUCAAAAAGAAAAAAGUAGCCGUCCCUCGUCCUCCGCCACUCCUCCUAGUUCAGGACGCAGAGACGGCCCUGGCGAGGCUGCAGGAACGAGUCACUGCUCUGCUGCUUCGCCGCCGGUCGCCCUCUCCUCCCACCCCGACGCGACGCCCCAGCAAGCUGCCCUGCUGGGCAGGUGCUGCCCCCCUCUGGCGGAAAAGUACACUGCUGGGUGGAGGCUCCACCUGUCCGUCUCAGUUCUACGCUGCGGAGCUCCAGCACCUGUUUACGGCGGAGUUAUCGAAGCCAGAUCCGGUCUUCUCAAGCAGCAGCAACAAGCCGGAGUCUUCUGUCCCACCUGCCCUGCCCUCCCAGAUGGCGUCCUCAUCUCCUUCCACUCCAGGGACGGGAGAGCUCCACGUGGGAAGCCAGGCCCUCCGAGACCUGAUGGAGCUGGCUGAAGAAGGCAUGACUCUGACCCAAUACGGAUACGCGGACAAAGCCAAGCACCCGAGCGGUUUCAUCCAGGAGGAAGAGUUGGAGGAUCAGGCCGAGCCGUCGGACGACACCGCGAGCAGCAGCCGGGCAGUGAGGAGGUCAGAUCAGCCAGAGGCAGACCGAGACGCAGUCAGACAUGAGUCGGUGGCGCUCUCCAAGCUGUCCUCAGACCUGAGCAGCAUGGUUAACAACCCUCAGCUCAGUGAUGUGCAGCUCCAGGUGGACAGUGGAGAGGUCUACUUUGCGCAUUCCUUCAUGGUGUACGCUCGCUGCCCCCUGCUGGCUGAAAUGGUGCAUGAAAGUGGGUUCGGUGUGCAGGAGGAGGGCAUGGCCGCAGCUCAAAGGGUGUUGCUAAGCGACGUGCCGGGUCAGGCGGUGCUGGCUGUGCUGCGGUACCUCUACACCGCCCACUGCUCCGUCGCUGCGUCGCUGCAGCCUCACGUGCUGGAGCUGGCAUCCAGGUUUGACCUGCAGGAGCUGGAGCGGCUGUGUCAUUUCCAACCGGAGAACAUGGCGGCGGGAGACGACAGGCUCGACGUAAACCAGGAAGAAAACGUCAACAACCAAACGGACCAGACCUUCGUGGAGCUCCUUCGAUCCAUGUGGAACGAGGAGGACUCAGACGGAGACGCCGGGGACUCGGACGGAGGAGGACGGUCGGAGGGGGAUCAGCCAGAGGACGAGGUCGCUGCGGGUGACGGAGAAAUCGGCGAGGAGCGAGUGAAUGAGGAGGAGCUGGAGGAGAUUUAUGAGUUUGCCGCCACGCAGAGGCAGAGGGUAAAGGAGGAAGAGGAGAAAAAGGAGGAGGAGGAAGAUGCGGAACCAGAACCCGGCUCGGACCGCAGCUACAGUCGGCUUUUCUCCCAGUCCUGGGGCGUCUACCAUGAUGGAGAGGCUUCCUUCUCGCCUCCUCUUCUCCCUCAUGAAGCGGCACCCAAGCACUCUGCCAGGACUCUGCUUCAGUCGUCAGCAAGUUUCACCGAUGAAUCCUCCCUCAACCUUCCCGUCCCCGGGCCGUCUCCGUGGCGACCAGCUCAGGAGGCCGGACACAGGAGAGGCGAAGAAGCUGCAGCAGAAAGCCAAGCUCGUCGCAGCGCCCUCCCUUCGCCUGCGAGGAGAGACGAGGCCGAGCUCAUCGUUCUGUCCGACUCCAGCGAAGAGGCAGAAGCCGAUCGGAGCUUCACGGGGAUCAAACCCGGCCAGAACCCGAGUCCCAGAGAAUCGGUCUGUGGAUCCCAGUACAGUCCCGGUGAUCCCGCCGGGUGUUCGCCGGAGCUUUCCUGGCUCGUCCCUUCCACGCCUGUCAGGUCUCCGGUCGGAAACACAAAGACCGCCUCCAUGCAGACCGACAGCAGCAUGUGCAGGACGCGGCUUUUCCCCAGAGUGGACCUCGCCUCGCCGUCCAGGAACACAGUCCUGACCUCCAGCACUCCUUUUAAAGCCUCCCCAGAACGCAGAGUCUCUCCUGACAAUCGAAAGAGUACUGAAGUGUUUGCAGCCCACCGUUCCGUUAGAGAUUCCUCAAAGCCGCCCAGCAUCAUCAGCAGCACGCCGCUGCAUGCGGACCCAGAGAGGCAGAGCACAUCUGGUCAAAUGAAAACGGGGACACGUGUGUCCAACCGUUCAGGUCAGCCCUCGUCUUCUUCUCCUACGGAGUCCAGUUUGCAGCCUGGCGUCACCGACAUGAACGAAGAAACGUCUGUCCCAGAUGUGAGGGACUCUAGUUUCCAGCAAAGUUUCAUGGAUGAGCCUCCUAUAGCUUUUAACGAUUCCUGGGGCCUGGACGCCUGCGCCGACGGCGACCUGGGCGGCUUCAGCCUGAAGCUGGACGACACCGAAGAGUCCAGCUCCGGAGGGAGACCUGGAGUAUCCGGUCCAACAGCUACCAGCAGCGUCCAGAACCCUGCUGCAGGUCCAGGCCCGCUGACCACGUCAGAGGACCACAACGGCCUGCUGGACUCGAAAAUAUGGGGCAGCUGGGAGGGCGAUGGAGGAGCAGGAGAGGAGGAAGACGAAGAGGAGGAGGGUCUUCCUCUGUCUCAGAGAGCGGACCCGGCGGCUCAGCUCAAAACUCCAAAAUUGAGGAAACAGAAACGGUUUCGUCCGCCGGUGCCCAUCACCCCCACGCCUCACUACUCUGACAUGGACACGCCGGAGCUCAAGAACAAACUCAGCAGCUUCGGCGUGCGGCCUUUACCGAAGCGUCAGAUGGUCCUCAAGCUGAAGGAGAUCCACCAGUACACCCACCAGCUGACCAGCUCCGAGGAAGAGGAGGGGGAAGAGGCGGGGCUGCCCCUCGGCAGAGCGGUCUCCUGCGCCCGGUUCAAAGAGCCGACGGCGCCCGCUGCUGCUGCGUCCCCCGUCAGAACGGACCAAGAGGAAGCCGGCGAUCCGCUCUCUGCCUCCCAGGGCUCAAACGCCUCCUCCACCGCCGCCAGUGACGAGUCAGAAAGGUCCAACCCUGAGCUGGCUCUCUCCUCCGACGGCGAUUCAGACAGCGACGUGUCGUCCUCUCAGGCCGCUUCGUGCCUCCAGGACCGCCUCCAGGCGGUGCGCUCCUUCAUCCUGUCCGACUCCGACCUGUACAGCCGGAUCCUCCAGUACCAGCCUCUGGUUCUCUCCCAGCUCCAGCAGCGGCUGAAGGCGGCGGGGGUCCGCCUGGGCGCCGCCAAGCUGGUGGACUACCUGGACUCCCAGUGCAUUACCUUCACCACGGCCAAACCGGGCCACCAGGCGGCCGGCCGCAGGCGGGGAGCGUGGACAGGCCGGGGGGCGAGAGGAGGCGGAAGGAGGAACGGAGCUUCAAAACGCUAACGGAGAAUUUUGAUGUAGAAAAGAUCCAGCAACAACGAAGAGCUGAAAUUUGUGGCAACCAACAACCACCAGAGUCACAUCUUUCCUGGCGAAAGCCCAAAGGAAACAGAAAGUUGCUGACUCAGCCGUCCAAGCUGUUAUUUUCCCACCGAGGGACGCCGGGUCGGCGCUGACCCACAUUAAAGUAACUCGAAGCGACCUUCAGUUUCUGACGCGCUGUUGAAAAAUGGUGCUUAAUCAUUGGGACACAUUGAAAUUAACUUGAGAACCUGUUCUGGGUUAGAUUUAAUUACGCUGUCUAUUUAAUGGAGAAUCCCAACAUGUGAGAAGAGAAGAGUUCCUCUGGGCUCUUUUUCUGAAUGGAAAUAAAAGUUUGUCAAAGUCCCUCAUAAGCGGAAGAAAAUUCAAGAAAAGAGGGUCGAAAAUGAGACGAACCUCCUCCAGCUUGAACACACUUAGAGUGAAGCGGAAAAAUAUUCUUCCACUUGCAGAUUUCUAGUUUUUGGUAAGACGUUUUGGAAGGAAAUACACCUAUGUGGAAAAAGUUAUUUCACCUAAUAAUUGGUUUUGCCUCACUUCAUAGAGACAUCAUAAUCCAUUUUAUUUAUGAUUUACGUGCCUUUGCUUUUUUCUUUUUUUCAGUUUUAUUUAUUUAUUACUUUUGGUUGUGUUUUAUUUUGGAUUAUAAUACGUUUCAAUUCCAUAAUUACAGUUUAUUGAUCUCUGUGAACUUGCAUUAUUGUGCCAUCAUCAGUACGUUACUUGAAAAUGCUCUCAAAACAACAAUAUUAUCGUUUAUCACAACAAUUACUGGGACAAAUCAUCAUCCGGAAAAAUUUUUAUUUUUUUUGAAAGAGCUCAGAAUUUGUUUCAUUCAUAUGUUUCAUGAUGCCACCAGCACCAUGUUAGAUUGUGUGUGAAUUUUCUGAAGCUCUGUGUUAGUUUUAGGUCAGACGUAACAGGAAGCUUCCAGAAAGUUACAGUCCCGUCUCUUCGGUCCAUGGAUUUUUCCUCAUUUUUGUUUUUUGACAAAUACGAGAUGGGUGUUUCUAAUGUUUCCGGUCAGCAGUGGUUUUGCCUUGAACUUGACUUUAUAAUGCUUUUUACAUGCAUGUCAAUGACCUUGUUUCUGUUCUGCAUGAUACAUCUCUCUCUCUUUGA